UUACGUGGCAGUUUUAAAAAGAAUGUCUAAGACGUGUGACUUUGGAACGUGGCUAGAAGAUAGUUUGAGGGAUCAGUUUGUAUGCGGAAUUCACAGCGAGACCGUUCGGCAGAGGCUUUUUGCUGAGGAUAAGCUAGACUUCGCAAAGGCUUUUAAUCUGGCAGUUAGUAUGGAAGCAGCCGAGAAGGACGCCGCGAUGGUUGAUGGGUCUCGAAAGCCUGCUAGCGACGGGACAAGCACGGUGGCGUCAUGUCAAGCGAUAGCGGCGAGUACGUCACGGCGUAGGAAGGACGGCGCGCGGGGACCAUGGCAACCGCGGGGCGCAGAGCGAGGCGCCAGCGCAGGCCGGGGCGGCCGCGUCAGCGGUUGGCAGGCGGGGACGGCGGCGUCGGUGGGAAAACGGCGUGACGCACACUGUAACGCUUGCGGCGGGACACACGGCACGGAAACCUGUCGGUUCGCGCGUUAUGUGUGCAAAGUAUGCAACAAGCAGGGACACUUGCAGCGAGUGUGUCCGUUAAUGGUGGAUACUCACAGCAUGGAGGUGAAGAACAUGGUCCGGCAGGGUGAAACAUAUAGUGAGGACAGUGACAUGAGUGACGAGUUCCAGAUUUUGUGACGUGUUCGCGGAUGGUUUGGGGCGGUUCACCGGCGGUCGCGUGAGCAUCCACCUGCGGGAGGGCGCGCGGCCGGUGUUCCUGCGCGCGCGGCCGCUGGCGUACGCGCUGCGCGCGCCGGUGGAGCGCGCGCUGGACCAGCUGGUGCGCGACGGCGUGCUCACCCCCGUCGACCGCUCCGACUGGGCGACUCCCAUCGUCCCGGUAGUGAAGAAGGACGGUAAUGUUAG